CAUCCUGCUACUAUAAAUCUGAGGAGCUUCCUGAUUUUGGUGUCAGUGUCUUCAGCCAGUGAAAAUGUCUUUUGUGGAUACUUUGCGUCAGUGGGAUGAGGCUAUAACCUGUGCUGACAGACAGGAUUUAUCAGAAGCCCUCAGGAUUUUUUUGUCUAUUCAAGAACCAAACUCUAAGAUUUGUUUUGACAUCGGCUGCCUCCACCUAAUCAACCAAGACCUGGAUGCUGCCGAAAAGGCCUUUGAUUGCAGCAUACGCAAAGAUGAACAUCUGGCUGUUGCCUUCUUUCAAAGAGGAAUCACCUUCUACAGAAAGAAGAAGUAUGAGGAGAGCUUAGCUGAUUUCCAGAGAGCCUUCAAAGCUCUGAGAGGAAACCAGCUGAUCGACUACAAGGCUCUCGGUCUCAGAUACAUCCUGUAUGCAUGCGAGGUCCUCCACAAUGUGGCCCUGGCUGAGGCCCAGCUGGGGAACUGGGAAAAGGCCCAGGAGAACCUGGUGAAGGCACUGGACUGCAAGACGGAGGCCAAGCUGAGUGUCAUUGACAAAGCUCUGCAGUCCACACUGAAACAAAAGGUUUUCAAGCUGGUCACGUUCCCAUCCACCAUCCUAUUCAGACCAAACAAACAUUACGUGGCGGAGCUGGAGAAGAAGGACUACCUGGGAAAGGCAAAGGUCGUUGCCUCUGUUGUUCCUCAGGAUGAUUUCUCAGGAUUUGCGCCGUUACAACCUCAGGUUGAGGACGGUCCUUCUUCUCCGAAAGAACCAGAGGUUCUGAGAGCUCUGGAAGGAGAACCCCACACAGUUCUGUUUGAGUUCUGUCCUGAGACCAGCGAUGAGCUUGCCGUGGUUCCAGGAAACAUUGUGUUUGUUCUGCAGAAAGGAGCUGAUAACUGGGCUUACGUGGUUUUCAAUGAGAGACGGGGACUUGUUCCCUAUAAUUACCUGGAACGUCUGGAAAUCUCCCUGGCUUCCCGACAGAAUCGGGUGAACCAGCCGGACCGAACAGCGUCUCCAAGCCGAGAACCACCAACCAGACCUGAGAGGAUUCUGGGUUUGACUCCAGGAGAGGGUGGAGGAGACGCUCGGAGGAUGGAGCCAACAGAAGCAUUCUGUGUCGUCAAAGUCCGUUUCACCUUUAACUUCAUCGUCUCCGUUCCUAGAGGCUCUCCAUACAGAGUGCUGGUGGGAAAAAUCAGCAGGAAGCUGAAUGUCAGUUCAGCUGCAGUCAUUCUAAGUUCCGUGGCCGGGGGACAGCAUCUAAUCCACGACAACAUGGACGACCUGUGGAGUCGGGCCAAGGAGGGGCGCAUCACAGUGUGGUGCAAGACCAGAAUGCUGAGCGAUGAAGAACCCCAGGAUGAGAUCCGUCUUGUGGCCCUCCACUCCUACCAGUCCUCCAACCCUGAAGACCUGAACUUUGACCAGGGGGCAACCAUCACGCUGCUCUCUAGAGUUAACCAGGACUGGUUGGAAGGCCACUGUGAUGGGAAUACUGGUAUAUUUCCUGCAUCCUUUGUGGAAGAAGUUCCUGUGAUGUAAACGGCCUGUGCUGUAUGUUGUCUCAGACGAGGUUGUAAAUCCAAAUCAUCAG